AUGACUGGCAGUCCGUCGUCUCCAGGUGCUUUCCAUGACUUGGCGGCCUCCCUCGUCGUCGAUGCUGCUAGGAAGCGGAGGGAAGAAGGUGUUGAGCAACUCCUCCGCUUAUUCUUCAAAGUCGCUCGUAGUUGUCCCGUCCGUUCUACGAAGUGCUGGGACUAUCCCGAACGCCUCGUUGCCCGCCUUCAGAUACUUGGCCGCGUUCUAGCUGUUGUCGUUGUCCGCCAGGAAGUCAUCCUAGUGCUUUCUCUUCUGCUGUCGAAUGGCAUCAUGGUACUGCUUCGACGCUCCUUUUGCUAUCUCUUCUAG